CGAAGAAGCGGAGGCUCGACUUUAUCCGCUACAGAACCGGAUGUAAGCACAAUCGUCCUCUCAUCAAUCGGCAGGGCCCCGAAAUACCGUUCCUUGGGUCUACAGAGCAGAGGCCUCAGUUCGCCGGGCUGCUAGCCUCGAGAGAUGAGCUGUGGUGUGUUGAAGGAGAAGAGAACGGGUUUAGCGAGCGGUUGCUGAGAUGGGGAGGGUUAAGCUGGAGAUCAAGAAGAUAGAGAACCCGACCAACAGACAGGUCACAUACUCCAAGCGACGCAAUGGGCUCAUUAAGAAAGCUUACGAGCUGUCAGUGCUGUGCGAUAUUGAUCUGGCGCUUAUCAUGUUCUCGCCUUCCGGAAAGCUCACUCAGUAUUGCAAUUGCAGCAUUGAAGAAGUCAUUGCUCGGUUUGCAAAUUUGCCUAUGCACGAGAGGAAUAAGAGCUUUGAGGAUAUGUUGACUCGCUUCGCAAACAAUCAGAUGCAUCAUGACCGCAGCAAGUACACUAGGAAGAUCGAAAAUUUGGAGUAUCUACACAAGGCAUUGAAAAAACUUGCUGGAGAGAAGGAUCUUGUUUCGAAUCAGCAGCUCUUGUCCGGGAGUAAAUCAAGUUCUUACGAGGCUGAGGUGCUGCAACAGGAGCUGAAGAAAGCACAACAAGAAAAAGAAUUGGUACAACAACGAGCAAGGCUGUACUUGGCCGAUGAACAACUUCUUCAGGGCGUGACUUCUGUUCAGCAGCUGGCGAAUAUGGAAACUGAAUUAGAGCAAGCACUAGAGCGAGUACGGGCCAGAAAGAACUACGUGAGCAGUGCUUAUCAGACUGCAAAUGCCCUGCAACGGCAGCAACACGAAUUUCUUGGAAACAGUCUACAGAUGAUGGCAUUGCGACAACAGCAACAGCAGCAGCAACAGCAAGCGGGUAUGGGAGGAACUCCGUCAUUCUUGCACUGGACGAUGCAGUCCGAGCGUCCAGAGCCCACCCAGGAUUUCAUGGAGCAGCAAACAAACUCCUCGGCGUCACUCAUGCCUGCACCGCUCAGUAUUCGGGAACCAGGUAGCAACGGUGAAGCAAAUCCAGCAGCGGCGGCUUAUUUCCCCGCUGGACCGCAACCGGGAGCAUUAGAAUCGCUUCGGCAGAUGGGAAUGGCGGCCGCCAGCCGUGGAUUGACCAUGCACGAGAUGUCUUUGGAGCAGCCGAAUGGCCAGUACAUCGAGGAUCAACAAAAGAAAGCCAAGGUGGAAGGCAGCAUGGGCUUUGCUACCUCUAGCAGUGCCGCCGAAGCCGUCUCCGAGAAUACUGUCACGCGUGAUCAUCAACAAUCUGAGCAGACUGACGUCAAUGGCGGUGCUGCAGAUUGGCCUCCACAUCCCGCGAAUCACCAUCCGAAUGCAUUCACGAAUGGAGGGUUGUUCUCAAGUUUUAGUCAGAACGGACACCAUCCUGCGUGGAAGUAAUAAACAGUGGGAGGGGUCUAAUUUCACUUAGAUGGAGAAGGAGCUACUCAUGGUCCGAAUUUGAGAUUCAACUCCGGCAAACCGUGCCAGAAAUCUGUCAAGGUGGGUGCAAGCUAAGUCAUCAACCACUGAGCUCUCGGGUUAGUGGGAAGCUGGUCAUCAUCGGGCUAAGGUUUGGUCACUAGAAACAGUGUGAGAAAAACGGGCACUAUGUGCUUUGAGCGCCGAUGACCAAACGUGCUCUCUGCUCUUCUUCCCCCGCGUCCUUUCACUGACUCCACCUUCCCCGAAGAAUGCUCAUGUCACCACGCCGAGCAGAAGGUUGACUUGGAUUCUAGCGUUGGCGUGGAGUGCCGGAGAUUUUUCACCUCGUGUGCAAUUGUAAUGAGAGAACGAUUCAUCUAGUUGACUGUUUCUCUGAAUCCGAGACUUGCAUGUGAUACAUGACUUGGCCCCUGAUGAGGAUGCCUGAACCGGAGUCUUGGACCUCGGUGCAGUGCCAUCAGUGGCUCAUGUAUCAUAGUUAGGCUGACCGUUUCUGAAACCUAGACUCUUCCAGACUCUCAUCGGUCGUGGCAGUCGGCCUGGCCUUGUGUCAUGUUGCAACGUCUCUGAAUUGUACUCGACAAGCUUAUACUUGAAAACCAACCUCGUCUCGUAA